AUGACGACCAUCGCCCUCAACAUCACCUCGACCUCGUCGUCGUUUGUUCCGUCGGUCAAUUCGACGACGACCACCCAUGCCUCGAGCAGCCACUCACAAGGAUUUGUACCUUGGUGGACGGGAGACUGGCGGUACUGGUUCUACUUCCUAGCCCACUCGAUAGGAGGUGCCGGUCUCAGCUUGCUCUUGCUCACAAUGUGCCUUCCCCUCCGACGAGUUCGUCGCAAUCCUGUCCUCAUUUCGAUGUGCUUUUCCUGGUGGCUCGGCUCGUUCCCCAAUCUUACUCUACUUUUCUUCACCAACAAUGUCCUCGGUUCGCCUCCCAGCCAUGCCACUUGUCUCGCUAGUGCAGCCCUCACAAUGGCUCAAACGCCUCUCAAUGCCGUCUGCGCCGUCAUGCUCGUGUACAAUGUCUGGAGCGUACUACACUUUACGUCGGCACAAUCAAACACCGGAAAGGCCAGGACAGUGCUUCUUGUUCUCAUCCCCUAUGUCGUCUUCCUGAUCUGUGCUGGCGUGGUCGUGACAGUCGGAGUUAUCCGUCCAGAGCUCGUCGCGCGCGCUACGUUCUAUUGUGUCGUCCGGAGCAACGUCCUCACCAUCUUCCUCGGCAUUUUUGGCGGCGUGUGCUGCGUAGUUGCAAUCAUACUCGAGGCAUGGAUCGCAUUCCUUCUCCGCUCCAACAAGAAGUCUGCAUCGAGGAACCACGCACCGUACGACGACUCGAAAAACUCGACCUCGUCUUCCAAGCUCGAUUUGCAACUCGCAAUUCGGGUCAUGCUAUUCGGUUUCUACAUUUUCGCCGGUCUCGCGCUCAGCAUCGUUUCCAUCCUCAACUGGACGUCAGUCAUCCCCGAUUUGUGCUUUAGCACGUUUAGCAUCGCCGUCUUUGCCAUCUUUGGUAGCCAGCACGACGUGGUUCGUGUGUGGAAAAAGGCGUUUUGCUGCUGCUUUAUUCGGAGCGAGCAGCGUGGACGGCGGACUGCGAGCCAUGUUCGUACUGGAAGCCACGACUCGCGCGAUGGCAAGAUGGGACCUGGCGCUAUUGGACCAUAUUCGCCUGGUGGAAAGCAUAACGGUGCUUACUGGUACCGUGGAGCUGACAAGAAGCGCCAGGAGAUAAUGGGAGACCUCAAUACCCUUCAUACCCGUCAGACGACUUCUCAAACAGCGUCGUUUUCUGGUGGUCCGUACAACUCUCACACGGACUUUCAGUUCCAGUACGAGAGUGACGUUGGGAUGGGCCUCGUCGGCAAUGCUUCAGCUCAUCCAGAUCACCGAGGAGGCAAAAAGUCCAAGGAUGCAUGGUGGGGAGGCGAGAAGAAAAAUGGACGGCCGGGUACCGGGAAUAGCUCAAAGAGACCUGGUACUGCUGGAAGCGCCAAGAGACCCGGGACGGCGGGCAGCAACUUUGGCGAGACGUCCAUGUCGUGGUAUCCUGAUCUAGGCUAUGAUUUUCAUCCAGAAGGAACAAGUCAUACCGCGGAUUACGAAAUCGAGAUGGAUAUCGCGCACACCUCUGCUAACGUUUCCGAGGUUGCCCACCAGCCCGCAGACAGGAAGGACAAGGAGGGCAUGAGACGCAAGAGUCAACAUGCGAAUCCACAUACCCGGCACUCGAGCGCCACUGUUCCGUCCGAGUAUAUCGGGACUUCUCCUCGCUCGCCGGCGUUCAUCUACUACGAUCCCAAUUCGCCCACCUCGACAACCGAACCCGUACCGGCUCUUGUGCCAUCCACCUCACUCUCCCCUGCAUCCACCUCACUUCUAUCUCCCACGUCUACCUCUCCACUCGGUGGUGGCGGAUCCUCGCCCCUUGCUCUGGCAUCUGCCGCCGCGAAUAUGGCUGGAGUCAUUCAGGGGAAAGACGGAGUCAAGACUGCGACGGGCCAAGGCAAUUUUAGCUUUCCGAUGAAACCGCCAAAGGGACGGGUGGUCGACCUGGUUCAAGUGGACGGCCGGGUUCGAGUGGCCGACCAGGAUCAGCAAAUCCACACGCCCCAGUUGUCAACUCGCGGUUAUACAUCGAACACCGACCUUCUCCGACUCCCAAGAGGCGGUAUUAGGAACACCAUUGCUGCGGCUCGCAAGGAACUUCAGCACAGUCACCAAGACUCAUUCGUUGCGGAAGGUGGUAGCCACUACAACUUUCGUGACAGCGAUCAAUACAGCCAACAGUUUGUGCGCGACAGCCUGCAGUACCGUGACUCGACAGACGCAAACGGCGUCCCAACGUAUUACCUACGGGAAUACUCGCAUACGUAUAUGCACUCGACCGACUACCGAAGCUCGUUGGACAGUUCGGUCGGUGGUGGAGCACGUGCAGCGAUAAAGAACGGUGUCGAACCGUAUGUAGACCCAGGUUAUACCGGUGCACACGGGCCAACUACCCUCUAUGAUUCCAACUAUCCGUAUUCCUACGACUUUUCCACUGGAUUGCCCUCACCCGUCGUUGGAGAUGCGCCCCCGCGGCAUUAUGGCUACACCCACCACGCUAAUGUCAGUACUCCGCAUCGUGCAGUCGUUGGUCAUGAGGAUCACGAGGUAUACGCACCCGUGCCCAAGACUGCAUUCGAGAAAGAACACAGCGGCUUUGAGUUUAUCAGUGGUCGCAAGCGUACGGGGGGUGCAAACAGCCCCGAGUCAUUCCUCACAAACCCCUCGUUGAUGAACGGGAGGGUGGGACACGGAUACUAG